CACUCCUCCUCGGGCAUUCAACAUAUCCUGCUACCAAGGAUGUAGCCUCUGUGUGUGCGUGAGUGAGCGUGUCGUUAUGAUCACCAGUCCUUUCCUCUCUCAGCAUGCCUGCAGCGAUGCACCUCUGUGCUCUACUGGUGUCCCUGUUUGCAGUGACAGUCUGUACAGACACCAACACUUCCUCUGAAGCUCAAACGGUGACAGAGUUAACCACAAGUGCUGCACCCCUCAUUAGUUUCACUGAGACAACGAAAAAUGAUGUCACUUCAUCUACUGAGAAACCCACCGACAACACACCACAGCAUCAGACUACAACACAUCAGAUUACCAGUGCAGUCACUUCAGAAAAGACGUCACCAUCACCACCAGCCUCAACUUCCCCACAAACACCCAACAGGACAGAGGAAACCUAUCAGAGCCAUCCUCCAGAGACUACAGCGUCCAACAAGACAUCCAACGAGACAGUUCCCCAUGUCUCAACGACUCCACCGUCAACAAACGCCACUGCAACCACCACUGUAAACACAACUAGCCCAGCUCUUUCACAUGAUUGGGAGAAAGAUGACAUGGUGAAAAACCCCGGCCUCGUGGCCAUCAUCUGCAUCUUCUGUAUCGUCCUUGUCCUCGUGCUGGUGGUUGCCAUCGUGAAAUGUGCCAGAUCACCAAGGUCCAACUUUGAGAGGCUUGAAGAUGUGCCGCUGGGCAAAGUCAACGAGGAGUCCCCAUUCGCCCAGUACUCAAAAUGACAGAGAGGACUUCAUCAGACACGAGGAGUCUGGUCUGCUUUAGGAGUCUGAUGUUUCUGGACAAAAACACAGAACACACAGAAACAUUGUCCUCACCAGCAGUGAAGAAAAAGACAGCUUUUGUGGUUUUUCUCUCAGGCUCUUAUUACUUUACAAAGCACUUUUGUCAGUGACAUUGAAAUAUUUCUGCCUCAGCUUUGACCUCUGACCUGUUGUCCUGACUGCUUGUAAUUCUGCUGAUUUAGUCUCUGAAACUUAAUCAACUGUUUCCUCUGUGGUUUCUUCAGCCUAAAAGGUACAAAUGUAAAUGUAUUUUUUUCCCCCAAAUUGGUGAUAAGCACUUACAAUUCAUAAUUGCACUCUUAUAUGUAAUAAAUGACGUUAUAAGUACAUUAUACAGUACAUUUUAUGUUUCCAUAAUGAUUUUUGUAGAUUUAUGUGGCCAAGGAGGGUGGAAAAUGUAUCAAAAGUUAAUAUUAUCUACAUGUACAAAUGCCUUUUUGGGCAAUUCGGAAACAUAACUGUAACUGGAAUGUGCAAGUGUGUGUAAAAUACAAUUUGUAUUGUAUUAUUUAUAUAUGAUUAUUUAUAUAUGAUUAUAAAUGAUGUCCUCUCUGGCCUGAGGCCUGCAGUGCAGAUUGUAGUUUAAAGGUACUUUAUGUAAGUUUUUGCAACAUUAGCAAGAACAGCUGUUUAUUCACCUGAAUCAUAUCAUUCAUUAAUUUUUAUUCUCUUAACCUACAUACAGCUUUCUCUAUUAAUGACUGAAACACACACAGACUUCUCUCACUCAAGAAUAAAAUAUUAUGACUACUCAUUCAUGCUAUUUUGACUAAGUAAAUUUACAGGGGUUGCAGUAAGUCCACAUCUUGUACCCUGGCCUUUUCUGUGUGCGUUAAACACUCACUGUCAGAUGGAUGUAAAGCACGUAACUGUGAUGUUCCCAGUCAAAUAAAAUGAGUAUUGCCAGA